CAACGCCCCGCCCCAUCGCGGCGGGCGGGCAGGCGGGAGGGCGCGCAAGGCUGGCGGGCGGCGGGAGCGGGAGGAGGAGCGGCCGCCGCCGCCACCGCCGCCGCCAUAGAGACUGUAGCCGUGGAGACUGUUACUUACCAACGGGGACCAACACGCAGCAGCCGCUGCUGCCGCCGCGGGAGCCGCUGCCCGAACUCCCGGCCCGAACUCCAGAACUGAGCAUGCAGAAUUCCGAGGGUGGAUCCGAUUCGCCGGCUUCUGUGACUCUCUGUCCGUCGGCGGCAGCCCAGGCCCCCGUGGCCCAGCCGGUGCCAGCGUCCCCGCAGAGGGUGUUGGUCCAGGCAGCGGGCUCAGCUCCCAAAGGGGCCCAGAUGCAGCCAAUCUCCCUCCCCAGGGUUCAGCAGGUGCCACAACAGGUGCAGCCCGUGCAGCAUGUGUACCCCCCGCAGGUGCAGUACGUGGAAGGCGGAGACGCCGUCUACACCAAUGGAGCCUUACGGACAGCCUAUGCCUACAACCCCGAGCCUCAGAUGUAUGCCCCCAGCAGUGCGGCUUCUUACUUCGAGGCCCCGGGCGGCGCCCAGGUGACCGUGGCAGGCUCCUCCCCACCAGCGGUCCCCUCCCACAGCAUGGUGGGCAUCACCAUGGAUGUCGGGGGGAGCCCUAUUGUCUCCAGCGCGGGAGCCUAUCUCAUCCACGGGGGGAUGGACAGCACCAGACACUCCCUGGCCCACACCUCCCGGUCAUCGCCAGCUACGCUUGAAAUGGCGAUUGAAAACCUCCAAAAAAGCGAAGGGAUCACUUCACACAAAAGCGGUUUACUCAACAGCCAUCUCCAGUGGCUGUUGGAUAACUACGAAACCGCAGAAGGCGUGAGUCUCCCCAGAAGCUCUCUCUACAACCAUUACCUUCGGCACUGCCAGGAGCACAAGCUGGACCCUGUGAAUGCCGCCUCCUUCGGGAAGCUGAUCCGCUCCGUGUUCAUGGGCUUGCGGACACGACGGCUGGGCACCAGGGGCAACUCCAAGUAUCAUUACUAUGGGAUCCGUCUGAAACCAGACUCGCCCUUGAACCGGCUGCAGGAGGACACCCAGUAUAUGGCCAUGCGACAACAGCCCAUGCAUCAGAAGCCAAGGUACCGGCCAGCCCAGAAGACAGACAGCCUUGGGGACAGUGGCUCGCACGGCAGCCUGCACAGCACCCCAGAGCAGGCCAUGGCCGCACAGAGCCAGCACCACCAGCAGUACAUAGAUGUCUCGCAUGUCUUCCCGGAGUUCCCAGCGCCCGACCUGGGCAGCGUCCUGCUGCAGGAGAGCAUCACACUGCACGACAUCAAGGCCCUGCAGCUGGUCUACCGGCGGCACUGCGAGGCAACUUUAGACGUCGUGGUGAACCUCCAGUUUCACUACAUUGAGAAGUUGUGGCUUUCCUUCUGGAACUCGAAAGCCUCCUCGGGUGACGGCCCUGCUUCUCUACCUGCCAGCGACGGGGAUCCGGAAGGCGCCGUCCUCCCGAAGGACAAGCUGGUGUCUCUGUGUAAAUGUGAGCCCAUUCUCAAGUGGAUGAGGAACUGCGACCACAUCCUGUACCAGGCCCUGGUGGAGAUCCUCAUCCCGGACGUGCUGCGGCCGGUGCCCAGUACCUUGACGCAGGCCAUCCGUAAUUUUGCCAAGAGCUUGGAAGGCUGGUUGACGAACGCCAUGAGAGACUUCCCACAGCGGGUCAUCCAGACCAAGGUGGGUGUGGUCAGCGCCUUUGCCCAGACCCUGCGCAGAUACACUUCCCUCAACCACCUCGCCCAGGCAGCCCGGGCCGUGCUGCAGAACACUUCCCAGAUCAACCAGAUGCUCAGUGACCUCAACCGCGUGGACUUCGCCAACGUGCAGGAGCAGGCCUCGUGGGUGUGCCAGUGCGAGGAGAGUGUGGUGCAGCGGCUGGAGCAGGACUUCAAGGUGACCCUGCAGCGGCAGAGCUCCCUGGACCAAUGGGCCAGCUGGCUUGACAGCGUGGUCACCCAGGUCUUGAAGCAGCACGCCGGCAGCCCCAGCUUCCCCAAGGCUGCCCGCCAGUUCCUUCUGAAAUGGUCCUUUUACAGGGGGCUUGCCCAUACAGAGCCAAGAAGCUUCUGAGGAGAAAACAUCCCAAAUCCCAAGCUGUUCCACUCUGUCCACUGACUUGGCCUUGGGGUCCGCACACGGCUUUCCACGUGCCGGUUUGGACACGGCGGUCAGCACCUGGGUUCCCUCCUUGGCUGCCUUUGCUAAGCCGUCUCAAAUCCACAGCCUGUCGAAGCCACCUCUCUUUUCCCAUUGCCAGACAAAGUGCCUUAAGAGUGCAUCAACACCCUGGCCCAGGAAGACGUGCAAAGCAUUAAGUAUAAUGUCGUCAACUGCUCUUACUGACUCCCUUCCACACCCCAUUGUUCACACACAGGCACAGAGUUUCAGCCCGUUAAAAAAGUAACAGGGCCCGCUAACAUUUUCAAAAGUUGAUUGGAGCAAACACCGCUUCACAUCGGGCCGCACCAACCCGCAGGUGGUCAGUGCGUGAGGACAGAGGUGUUUACGGAGAACUUGCAGGAGCAAAGCGAGGACGUGAUGUGAUUGGCUUUAGCUGGCGCCGCGGCUGCCGCCAUAUCAGGGGGGAGCCUGGCCCUUUGUGGCUGGUGGUUCGAGGGUUCACUCUCAGAAUCCCGUGCAUCGACUCCAGCUUGGUUCUGGUUUUCUCGGGCCACAGGGUGUCAGAGCCACUGCUGGGCAGGGCCCCUGCUUGGUGACUCUGUAGGGGCUCAUACACAUCUCCUCCCUGCCUUGUCUCCUCCUAGUACUUUGCUACCACAGCGACGAGUGGGGAAGCUCUGAGGUGGGGCAGUUGGGUGUUUGGGACCAGAGUUUGGGGUCGGGGGCCAAGUGAUCUCAUUCCUUUAGAUCAGGGGUCGCUUUUUCUGUGAAGAAGCAGAUGGUACGUAUUUCCAAGAAAUAAACUCUUUCCGGCACACGAUAUGUAAAUGAACAGGCAUGGCCAGUGUGCCAAUAAAACUUUAUUUAUGGACACUAAGCUGUGAAUUUCAGGUACUUUUCUUGGGUCAUGAAACAUAAUACUUCUUUUGACUUUGCUUCCGACCAUUUAAAACUGUAAAGACCAUUUUUAGUUCGCAGGCUGUACAGGCGUAGGCCGUGGGCUGAAUCUGGUCUGGAUUUGGGGCCACAGCUUGCCAGCCCCUGCUGCAGAUGAAAGAGGCUACAGCUCCCUGAAGUUCUGUCUUGUUUUAGGCGCCUAAACGGCUGACUGAGGAGCGAAGGCUGGGUGGGAGGGAAUCCCAGGAGGAGGGAAGGCCAGGAAAGGCUGUCCACUGUGGGCAAGUCGUAAGGGCACCACAACUGACCACAGGCCACUGGCUAAGUAAGGCUUGUGUCAGACAGAGACACAAUGUGACGUUUCCACGGCCUCUUGCCUGGAGCUGACUGCCCCACCCGCCUCCUGUCCCCCUGUCCUCCCCUCAGUCACAGCGGACACAGGGGUGGUCUGGGCAGCUGGCAGUCCCCUCUGGGUCUGUGGGGCCCCCCCCAGAAAAGCCUGGCUCGACUGCCUGCCCGUGAUUCCCCGCUCCCCGGAAGGUCCCCAGCCUCUGUCUGCCCAC